AAAAAAAAUGGCGACUGCACAAGGCCAAGAUGUGGUACGUUGCAAUUUUUGUCCAGAACCCGUAGAAUUUUACUGUAACCCGUGCUCUGUGGAAUUGUGUAGCAGCUGUGUUUUAAGGCACAUGAUGGAUAAAUCGAAAAAUCAUGAAGUUGUUGCAUUUGAGAGCAGAAAAAUCAAAACUGUGUAUCCAGAGUGUCAGUCUCACAGAAAUAAAUGCGAGACAUAUUGUCGUGAUUGCAAGGCAGCCAUAUGUAUCAAAUGCGUCAUCGGUUCACACAAAGAGCAUGACGUCACGGAAAUAGAGGAAAUAGUUCAAUUACAAAGAAAACGUAUAGAAUCUGAUACAGAGGAAUUGGAAGAAAAUGCCUUGCUAAAAAUUAUGCUUAUGAAAGAAAAUGUUUCCUCAAGCAAUGUUAUGAUUGACAAUGUCCUCUAUGAACUGACUGAAAGAGAAAACCAAAUUAAGGCAGCGGUUCACAGUGAAGUAGAGAAGAUGAGGAAAAAAAUUCUUCUUGUUAAAAAAGGUAAUAAAGCUGUCAUUUCAGAAAACCAGUCCCACAUUUCUGAUUUGGAAUCCAAACUAAAGCAAGAGAUAAAGAAGAAUAGACAAAUUCUGCAGACACAACAGAUACAGGCUAUAUUGAAUUAUGAGUGUAUUCAUGAAAAUUUCAAAACAGACUUAAACCUCCAAAAGUGUGUUCAUCCACAUUAUGUAUGCACAGAAAUUGAAAACGAACAUCUAGUUCGAUUGGUAGGUCAUUUAUCCUUUGACGAAGUCAAAACAGUCAAACAAAACUUACAAUUAAAAGAAAGUCCGGAAAUAUUGUAUUCAUGUACAAUUCAGGGUUCUAACAAAUCUCUUUGGAGAAUAUUGUGUGUAGAAAAUCAUAAACUAUGGAUAAGCGGCGAGAAAAACUCCCUCAGGCAAAUAGACAGGAAGGGGACAACAUUACAAGUCUUUAGCACUGUCAAAAACCCUAUAGCUUUCUCAUUUAACUGGAACACUUUAAUAUUUGCAUUAAAUGAUGAGACCAAAGUUUAUAUCGUCAAAGACAAUAAAGAAGAACAAUAUCUAAAGUGUAUUGGCUGGUUUCCAAAAGGUCUUUGUUAUCUACAGAACGGAAAUCUGCUGGUGAGCAUGCGCUCCUACGAUGAAAAACAAAGCAGAGUAUUAAGAUUCUCAGGUACGACAGAGAUACAGAAGAUUCAGUACGGCACCCGAAAACAGCCUUUGUUUUCCUGUGGAGUUUCUUUUGUUCUCUUGCUAACUGAAAAUGGAAAUGGUAACAUCUGCGUAGCAGACUAUGGAGGAAGCGCCGUUGUUGUUUUGGAUUCCUUCGGAGAACUUCGGUUUAGGUACGAAGGAAACAUUUCCAACCAGUCAAAGUACACCCAAUUCCUGCCGAUGCACAUUGCUGCCGAUAUCAAUCAUCAAAUUUUGAUAGGUGAUAGCAGAAAUAACAUUGUUCACAUCAUUGACUGUGAUGGAAACUUUAUCCGUUAUCUAGAGCAUCCAUGUAAUGGAGGACUUAGUGUUGAUGCAGAUUACAAUUUAGUUAUUGGUGAUAGAAAAUGUGGAAAAAUUCAAUUCAUCAAAUAUUUAGAGUAAAUUUUUUGAGAUCAAAAUUACACGAGCAAGCACGUCGAAAAUACAGUUUUCAUUAUUGAAAAACCGUCAUUACUCUGCCUACCUUUAUACUGUU